GCCGGGAGAUAUGAGAUAUGGGAUGUGUACAUGUGUGCCGGCCGGGACCGAGGAUGGCCGGCGAUUGAUAUUGAAUGUCGGGGUUGGGGAGGCGGGUGCGGUUUAUGCGGGCCGCGCGUCAUUGCGUGCGUCAUUGCGGGCGCUGUGGCUGGCGAGGGCGAGGGCGUUUUCUCGCGGAACGGAAAGACGGCGCGAAGUGGAUGUGAGGAAGGAGACAUGACCGCGGUGGUAUUAGAUGCGCGACGCCGACGCGAGGAAGCGGACGGAAAUGACAGGGCGCAUGCCUGGGCUGUCGAUGCAGUGUUUGCCGUUUACGUGCAGCGCAGCGACGGGAAGGGAAGGAAGCCCACGGGCGAGUUUGCACGCCUAUCGCGGGCGCUAGGCGGGCGUGGUCCCGAUGCGACUAUACGAGGACGUGGUGCAACGCACAAGCGGCGAGGCAGGGCGAUAGCGAGGCUGGCGCAGCGAUAA